CGCUCAUUUAUAUCCGUGGGAUCGAAAGAAUGCCCUUCACAAUUGAUUCCGAUCCACUGAAGUCAUGACGGACAGUGCUUUGCUCACUACUCUGCGCGUCUUAACAUUCGUGACAGCUCUGGCCGUGGGGCUCAGCCCGUACCCGGAAAUUCGUCGGGUUCACAAGCUGCAGGACGCCAGAGACGUAUCCAUUUUCCCAGUCGUCACGCUAUUUGGCAACUCCUACUUAUGGACGAUCUACUCGUACUUGAUCGGUAACUUCUUCCCUCUGUUUUCGGUGUGUGCCUUCCAAACCGUCUCAGCCAUCGUAUUCGGCAUCGUCUACUGGUGGUGGUGCACCUCGCGGCGGAGAUUCUACGUGUUGUGGGGGGCUUUUGUCGCUGGUAUGAUACUCACCUCGAUCUAUGCCGCCAUCGCCAUGGCAGGUGUCACACAUCAAUCCACCCAUCAGGUCGAGAAGAUACUCGGAUACAUGUGCGUGGUAAUGAAUCUGUGUCUAAAGGUGGCUCCUCUGGAGACACUAAAGUGCAUAAUUCGCACCAAGAACGCGUCGUCAAUGCCUGUUACGAUGUCGAUUGUCGCCUUCAUCAACGGUCUGCUUUGGGUGUGGACCAGUGCGCUCGAAAACGAUAUGUAUGUGCUAACAACUAACGCAGUGGGAGCGGCGCUGGGUGGAGUUCAAAUUGUCGUCUUCAUCAUCUACCGGCCAGGGAGGAGCAGCGACGCAGAUCUCAGUCCAACGAUUGAAUACGUCGACAAUAAGCAUCGACGUCCUCAAAUCGAGCAAACCAUCUUGUACGAUCUGGAGACAGCGUCAUGUUGCGACAAGGACGACCGGGUCAUGGGUGCUCCGUUCGCUGAAGCACAAUCGCCACUACAUAAAAAACAGAUACAACAAUAGUUUCAUGCAAUAAAAGUGUUAUUGUGAAAAUAAAAUCGUAUCGCAGCGCUAUA